CGCUUAUUAAAAUGUCAAAACUCUUUUGGUUCUUUUUGGUGGAACAACACGUUGCACUUUUUGUUACAAGAUUUUGUUUAAAUUUAUAGCAAAAAUUUGAACAAUUCUUAAUAAAUUGUUUCAAAAAAUAGCAAGUGCGCAGCUACAAUAACAUUAUGGCUAAUGUGGAGCGUAAAGGCACCUUUAAGGUGGAAUAUUUACAGAAGAUCGAACAGCAAGUGCAACAACGUUGGGAACAAGAACAUCUACAUGAAAUCGAUGCCCCGGCAGAGCCAAAAAAAUCUCAAGAUGAGAAAUUUUUUGUAACUUUUCCAUAUCCCUAUAUGAAUGGCCGUUUGCAUUUGGGUCAUACAUUCUCAUUGUCAAAGGCUGAAUUUGCUAUACGCUAUCACCGUUCCAAGGGUAAACGUGUUUUGUGGCCUUUCGGUUUCCAUUGUACCGGCAUGCCUAUUAAGGCCUGCGCCGAUAAAUUGAAACGUGAAAUGGAAGAUUUUGGUUAUCCACCACAAUUUCCAGUUGCCACGGUAGAGGUUGCUCCUGUUGAAACUUCCGAUGUGCCAAAGGAUAAAUCGAAGGGUAAGAAGAGUAAGGCUGUGGCUAAGACUGGUUCGGCCAAAUAUCAAUGGCAAAUUAUGCAAAGUUUGGGUUUACAAGAUGAGGAAAUUAAAAAAUUCGCUGAUGCUGAGCAUUGGCUAAAUUAUUUCCCUCCCUUGGCUGUUAAGGAUUUGAAGAGAAUUGGUGUACAUGUUGAUUGGCGUAGAACUUUCAUAACCACCGAUGUCAAUCCCUUCUACGACUCCUUUGUACGCUGGCAGUUCAUGCACCUGAAGAAUCGUGGCAAGGUUAUGUAUGGCAAACGCUACACCAUCUAUUCGCCCAAGGAUGGACAACCUUGUAUGGAUCAUGAUCGUUCCACGGGAGAAGGUGUAGGACCACAAGAAUAUACUUUAAUUAAAAUGAAAGUCUUGGAAAAACCCGCUAAACUAAGUGCCAUCAAAGAGCCGAUAUAUUUGGUAGCUGCCACCUUAAGACCUGAGACCAUGUAUGGCCAAACUAAUUGUUGGUUGCAUCCUGACAUUAAGUAUAUUGCUUGGCAAACUACACGUAACAAUGAGGUUUGGAUCAGCACUAGACGUGCUGCUAGAAAUAUGUCCUAUCAAGGUUUUACCGCUGAAGAGGGUAAAUUUGUUGAAUUGGCCGAAUUGACGGGACAAGAUCUUAUGGGUACACCUUUGUCUUCACCUUUAACCUCACACAAAGUCAUUUACACUUUGCCCAUGUUGUCCAUUAAGGAGGACAAAGGUACUGGUGUAGUGACCUCUGUACCAUCUGAUUCUCCCGAUGAUUAUGCUGCCUUAAUGGAUUUGCAAAAGAAGGAAGCUUUUAGACAAAAGUAUGGCCUCACCGAUGAAAUGGUUUUGCCCUUUGAACCCAUUUCCAUUAUUGAGGUACCCACUUUGGGCAAUAUGUGUGCUAAAUAUGCCUACGAAUUGUUGAAAAUUCAAUCCCAAAACGACAAAGACAAAUUGGUUGAGGCCAAGGAAUUGUGUUAUCUUAAGGGAUUCUAUGAUGGUGUUAUGUUGGUGGGUGAGUUCAAGGGUAAAAAGGUGCAGGAUGUCAAGAAAGACUUACAGAAGCAAUUGGUCGACUCUAAGGAAGCGGACAUUUACUAUGAACCCGAAAAGACCAUUAUUUCUCGUUCUGGUGAUCAAUGUGUGGUGGCCUUGUGCAACCAAUGGUAUUUGAACUAUGGCGAAGCAGAAUGGCAGGCACAGGCUUUCAAGAUUUUGGAAAAAAUGGAAACAUUCCAUGAUGAAGCCCGUAAUAAUUUUGAACAUUGCUUGAAUUGGCUGCAUGAAUAUGCCUGUUCGCGUACUUAUGGCUUGGGUACCAAACUACCUUGGGAUGAACAAUGGCUAAUAGAAUCUUUGUCUGACUCUACCAUUUACAUGGCAUUCUAUACCGUGGUUCACUUGUUGCAAGGUGGUUCUUUCCGUGGUGAAAAACCCAGUCCAUUGGGCAUUAAAGCCGAGGAUAUGACUCCCGAGGUUUGGGAUUAUGUAUUCUUUAAGGAGACUCCUUAUCCCAAAACAACAAAGGUGCCAAAAGCUACUUUGGAUGUUUUGAGAAGAGAAUUCGAAUAUUGGUAUCCUAUGGAUUUGAGAGUAUCUGGAAAGGAUUUAAUACAAAAUCAUUUAACAUUCUCCAUCUACAAUCAUGCUGCCAUAUGGCCCAAUGAUGAAACUAAGUGGCCCAAGGGUAUGCGUGUCAAUGGUCAUUUGCUUUUGAAUUCAUCAAAAAUGUCCAAAUCUGAUGGUAAUUUCCUAACACUACAUGAAGCCGUCGAUAAAUUCUCAGCCGAUGGCAUGCGUUUGUGUUUGGCUGAUGCUGGUGACAGUGUAGAGGAUGCCAACUUUGUAGAGAGUACCGCCGAUUCUGGUAUUCUGCGAUUGUACACCUUUAUUGAGUGGGUCAAGGAAAUGUUGGCUGCACGUCCUGCUAUGCGCAAGGGUCAUCAUCAUACCUUCAACGAUAAGGUAUUCAUUAGUGAAAUGAAUUUGAAAACCAAACAAACUGAUGAACACUACAAGAAAAUGUUAUUCAAAGAGGCUUUGCGUACUGGUUUCUAUGAACUUCAACUGACCAGAGAUAAAUACCGUGAAUUGUGCGGUACACAUGGUAUGCACGCGGAUUUGGUAUUCGAAUUCAUACGCCGUCAAGCUUUACUCAUUGCUCCCAUCUGUCCUCAUGUGGCUGAACAUGUUUGGGGUUUGCUGGGCAACAAACAAUCCAUACUCCAUGCCCAAUGGCCAGAGGUGGGUGCUAUUAAUGAAAUUGAUAUUAUGUGUUCGGAAUAUUUGAUGGAAGCUGCUCAUUCCUUCCGUUUGAAUUUGAAAAAUCUUUUGCAAGUCAAAGGUAAAGGUGGCAAGGAAAAGGCUGUCGAUCCCACUUCCGUUAAACCCAAUAGAGCCUUAGUGUGGGUGGCCAAAACAUAUCCUCCAUGGCAAUGUUGUGUUCUUGACACCAUGAGAGAAUUGUAUACUCCCACCAAUUCACUGCCUGACAAUAAGGUCAUUGCUGCCACUUUGCAAAAGAAGGAGGAAUUGAAAAAGUUCAUGAAACGUGUUAUGCCCUUCGCCCAAAUGAUACGUGAAAAGGUGGAAAGUGGUAAAGGUUUAGCUGCCAUGGCGGUUAAUCUUGAAUUUGAUGAACGUCAAGUUUUGCUUGACAACUUGGAGUAUUUGAAGAAUACUUUAGAUUUAGAGGCUUUGGAAGUAAAAUACACCGAUGAUCCUUCGGCACCCGAAAAGACAAGAGAAGAAGUAAGACCUGGCAGUCCCUUUAUUGCUUUCACCGUUGCUCCUCAUGUUGCUGUUACAUUUACAAAUCCCGUUGAGAGAUCUAGCCUGUUUCAAGUCAACACUGUUGUCUCCGAAGGUGAAACGGUUAAAACGCUGCGUGAAAAAUUAGGCAAAAUUUUGGGUUUUAAAGCUGAUUUGUCUACUCUGCAAAUCUGGCGCUAUGAUGAUCCCGUUUUGGGACCUCGUCAAUUACCCGAAUUCCAAGACUUCAGAAAGGGAAAAACUCCUUUGACCGAUGGUUCUUUGUUACUGGAUAUGGAGAAACAGCAAAUUACUUUGGUGGAAGAGAAUGGUAACUCAAUACCUGUAGGGCGUUAUUUUAUCUAUGUUGUAGAGUGAUUUAAAGUAUUUUAUAACAUUUUCUUUUAGUUUUUUCUUUAUUUGGUUUUCUUUAAUUUUUCUUUUCAUUUGCUUUUGAGUUUUUUUUAUUUAUGAAAUAAAAAGUAUGUUGUGCAAAGCAUAAUUAAAAUGCU